GUUCCAUCUUUUGUUGACGGAGCAGGUUGAAACUGAAUAGAGAAGACAAGAGGAAGUACAGAGAACAACCAUAGCUUCCCUCUCAAUCUCUCUCCAAAUUCCAUGGAGUCCAGCAAACAAGAAGUAGUCUUUGAGCUACCAAUGACUCUCCAUGUUCACAAGGAUGGCCAUGUGGAGAGAUUAAUACCCACAGUGUUUAUCCCACCUUCAACCGAUCCCAUUACAGGAGUUUCAUCGAAAGAUACUGUAGUCGUCCCACAAUCCAACAUCACUGCUCGCCUAUUCCUACCUAAAAUCACAGAUCCGAAAGAAAAACUUGCCGUCCUUGUUUAUUUCCACGGAGGAGCCUUUGUUAUCAACACGCCAUUCAUUACUCCGUUCCAUAAAUUCGUAACCAUCCUUGUCUCUGAAGCCAAUGUUGUUGCUGUUUCUGUUGACUAUAGGAAAGCUCCGGAGCACCCUAUCCCAGCUGCAUACGAAGACUCAAUGGCUGCACUCAAAUGGGUUGCUUCCCAUUCCAGUGGAGAUGGACCUGAGCCUUGGUUAAAUAACCAUGCCGAUUUUCAACAAGUUUUUCUGGGAGGUGAUAGUUCUGGUGCUAAUAUUGCUCACAAUUUGGCUAUGACUGCUGGGAAUCCUGAGACGGGGCUUAGUAUUGGGCUUCUUGGGAUUGCUUUGGUACACCCUUAUUUUUGGGGGUCGGUGCCUGUUGGAUCGGAGGCGGAUUAUCCAGAUGACAAGUCUAUAAUUAAUCGAGACUACGUGGAUCGAGUUUGGCCAUUUAUUUGUCCAUCUAACCCGGAUAACGACGAUCCACGGGUUAAUCCAGUGGCAGAAGGUGCACCAAGCCUGGGGGGCCUGGGGUGUCAGAGGGUGCUGGUUUGCGUGGCCGAGCAUGAUUUGAUGAAAGAUAGAGGCUGGCUUUAUUACGAGGCAUUGAGCCGAAGUGGGUGGAAGGGUGUGGUUGAGAUAUUUGAGACACAAGGAGAGCACCAUGGAUUCCAUUGUUCUGACCUGGAACAUGAGAAAUCUAAACAGUUGACACAAAGACUGGCUGCUUUCUACAAGACUUAUUGAUGCGCCUCAGUUUCGAUAGAGGGAGGAUUUCCUGCUAUUGCUCUUGAUAUGAUCUUAUUAAUUUGUGAUAUCGUCUCCUACUUAAUUUGUAUUCAGCGAAAGUCAUGUUGUUGUUGUUUCUGUUGAUUAUUAAUUAGUUUGCUCUGAGCGUGUUUCACGUUGUAAUAAAUUCAUUUUAUUCGGUAAUCAAGUACUAUUAAUAUAUAA